UGACUGUUGUUACAAGAAAUUCCCAGUGUACUUAGCGUAUUUUCUAAUUUUGUCAGUUUUUCUUUGUCUUUUUUCUCUCCUUUCUCUCCAUUGCUGCCUAGUGUAACCUUUGAGCAAUUUCCUCUCUUUUUGUUGGUUCCUCUGUUUUCAUUCAUCCACUCAAUGGCCUUUGAGUUUCCCUUUAAUAAGCAUCUCAGUUUUUCUGGGAAGAUUUUAUACCCCUUUUGUUUGUUUUACUCAAUCCAAAUUUCCAAUCAAAGAAAAAUCAAAGGAAAUUCACUGUUUUUUGGUGGGUUUUAUGUGUUUUUAUUGUUUGGUUUAAUGGUGUCUCCUAAUGGAACAUAAUACAAGCUGAAAGACAUCUGUUGAGGAAAUGACUAUAUUUAAAGCAACACAGUAAGGUGGUUUGAUAUUCUAAUCUGAGCGAAUAUGUCCAUGUCACUCGAGGACCUCCUCGCAAAGGAAGGAUUCAAUAAGAGGAUGUCAAAAACAGUGCCUAGAGCUUCAUCCGGAACAAAGGCAAGACGUGAACCUAUUUACACACUUCAAGAACCUCAUAAACUUGUGUCUUCAUCAGGUGGCAUGACAAAAUCUGCUAUCCCGUGGCAUGACUUGAAAGAUAAGACCCCGAGAGUCAAUUUUGCAGAUAGGAGGCAAAAGAAGGAAAGUAAGCACAGAAUGGGCUCGUGCGAUCUAUCAUCGGAUGUUAAGAGAAUAAGCAUUAGUUCUUUUGAUGAAUUGCUAGCUGCUGAUGCUUCUCAAAGCAAUGAGAUAGUUGAGAUUGGAGAGCGAAAUGGUUCGAGAUACAAUCAUAUAUACUCAAAUCAAACUUACAGAAAUAGGAGUGGUGAAGGCAGGUCUUCUAGCAGAAGUGAGGAAGCAGAAGGAAAGCGACAAUCCUUCGGAAAAGAUACAAAAGCAACAACAAAAUGUCUCAAUAAUUCUGGUAAACUUCUUUCAGAUUAUCAGAAACAUAUUGAACAGCCUGAGACCUCCUACAGCAGAUCAACUAGAAGUUCGCUAACCAACAAAAGUUAUGAUGCAAUCAGAAGCCUAAAAAAAGCUGAAAUUGAGCACACUGCAGUUAUUCCUGCUCUUGAUGAAGUUGCUGUUCAGGCUGUAAUCUCUAUCUUGAGUGGAUACAUAAAACGUUUUCUCGUAGAUGAGGAUUUUAGGACAUCACUUCGUCACAAUAGUUUCGCUUCCCUUAAUUUUGUUGGACUAGAAGAAGGCCUCAAUACUGAAAGCAAGGUCCUAGCCACUCUUGAACAAGCUAUUGAAACAGUAGAAAGAGCUGCAGAGGAUUGUGCGAACGAAAAAGAACUUAAGAAAGCCUCACUUCAGCUUAGUGUAAUUACAGGGUUGAAUUCAAACAAUUUACGAGAUGGAUUUACUUCUGGUAUUCCCAAUUUUAAAUUAGCAGCUUGUGCUCAUCUGUAUCUCAGUGUCAUAUAUAAGAUACAGAAGAAGGAUCGUAUAGCUGCAAAGCACAUACUGCAAGUUUUCUGUGAUUCACCUUUUCAGGCAAGGACUAAUUUGUUGCCUGAUUUGUGGGAUCACAUCUUUUUUCAUCAUUUAUCAAAUUUGAAGGCCUGGUUUGAUUCAGAAGCUAAUUUUCUCGGUGGUCUACAUAAUAAGUCAACGAAGCUGAAGUUUCUUGAAAAAAUGUACAAUGAAAAUCUGGAUAAAGGUACUUAUAAGUUUGCACUUUACUACAAGGAAUGGUUAACAGAAGGGGCUGACAUUCCGUUACUUCCUUCUAUUGAAAUUCCUUCUGUAUCUGUUCAGUAUGAAGGUUCCUUUAGUAACACUUCCCACUUAAGUAGUACUGUUGGCAGUUUCUCACCUCAGCCAGUGGUCAGCAAAAAGUUGUAUGAUGAAGUGUUCUGUCAUUCACAUAAACUAGAAAAUGAAUCAGAGGAGCACCGGGAAGAAAGCUAUGAAGUUAGUGUGAGGAGGCCUUCUAGUUUUGCUGCCGAAAACCUGGUAGCAUUGAAAUACUCUGCUGAAGUGAUUAAGCGUAUAGAUCAUGAUGUUGAGCCUGGUGCUAUAGUUGAUUCAUAUGGUGCAUCAACAGGGGAUGCAGAGGGUGUUUCCGGAGUGAAUUCUCCAGAAGAAAAAAAUUUAAUGGAAACAUUUGGAAACUCUGAUCUGAAGGAAACAACUCCGUUGAAGUCGAACAUGCCAGAAUCGUUUGCACCUGCAAAUCUGACCGAGUUCAUAUUCAACAGGAUAGCGAAAGCAGCUUUUGAGCGAAAGGAGACUGAAGAUUCUAUCAUCGAUGCUGCUCCUCCUCUUCUUCUAUUCUCGGAAGUUGCUUUGGCUCUUGAUUGCACGCCAACUGAGGCACUGCUUCCUGCUCAAGGAGUCGAUUAUGAAGAUUAUGUUGGAAGAUCUUCCGCCAACAUACCACAGGAAUUUAUCUGCCCUUUGACUGGACUUCUUUUUGAAGAUCCAGUUACCCUAGAGACUGGCCAAACCUUUGAUAGAGCAUCUAUUACUAGCUGGUUUUCUAAAGGAAAUAGAACAUGUCCAGUAACGCGAAGAUUGUUAGAAUGCCAAAGUGUACCCCGUACUAACUUCACUUUGAAGCGUGUUAUCACCAAUUGGAAGUCCGAACAUUGGAGGCGUCUUCUGACCUAUUUCUCUAAAGCAGCAGGCGAUUCAGGGAAACAUCGUUGGUUAAAGAAUGAAAUAGUUGUUUCCGUGUUGCAACAACUUCUUAUUGUUUUAAAUCAGGAUGAAAGAAGAGAAACUCUAGAGCAGCUUAUAUCCCUCGGAAGCUUACAGUUUCUGAUCCAGAGAUUUAAUUGUGGAAAGUUGAGGGAGAAGAUACGUGUUUCUGGGAUUCUUUGCUCUUGCAUUGAAGCUGACAAUAAUUGUAGAAAUGUAGUUGCCGGAAAUGUUGACAAGAUGUGUCUGCUUAAUCUUCUUCGGAAUGAAGAGUUGGAAUUGAGAAGAAAUGCCUUUUCACUCCUGACUGAACUCAUUUGCCUUAACAGGAGAAAAGAUGCAAAGUUCUUCAUAAAAGGCAUUCACAAGGAUAACAUAGUCAAAACAAUGAAUGAUUUACUGAUGUAUCUCCAGGAUUGUCCAUGUGAACAGAGAUCCAUGGUUGCUGUGCUGCUCCUACACUUUGAUCUUCUAGCAGACACAAAAAUGCCCAACACAUACAGAGAUGAUGCUGUUGAUGCUAUGACUAUGGCCUUAGAAAGCAGCUUAUCGGAUGAAAGGAGCAGAGAAAUAUGUUGCAAAGCACUCCUUAUUCUGGGAGGACAUUUUUCUUUCUCGGGUAAGAUUAUGACAGAGGAUUGGAUCCUAAAACAAGCUGGAUUUCUUGAAGGUUUUGACGUGGAAUAUCCUGAUGACGAAGAGAAUAAACUGGUUGAUGCAACUGUUAUGACGAUGGAGGACGAAGAAGAAGAGGCGAGGAAAAAGUGGUUGGUAAAUGCAUCCGCAUUACUCAUUGGUAGUGGCAAGAAGUCAUUUGUGGAGGCUCUUUCAAAGUGUUUAGGUUCUGGAAACUCAGAAUUGGUUAGGAUUUGUCUAACCACAGUUGCAUGGUUAAGCUCAGCACUCGCUUCACUGACUGACUCGGAGUUUGAACUAUCUGCAUUUUUGGCUAUUAUCAGUCAGCUGAUAGAAUGCUUACAACAUGGUGAUUUGGUUGAACAUAAGGUUUUAGCUUCAAUGUCUCUUCUCAACUUCAGCAAGAUUCUAGAAUGUAGGGUCUUACUGAUGAUGAUAGCAGAGGAUAUUGCUGGUCCUCUAGAAAGCCUUGUUGAAAUUACAUGGGCAGCAAAAGAACUUUAUGCCAUAAUUUUCUGCAGCUAGAGGCGGAAACUGAGGACAAAAGAAUUACUCAAUUUACUGUAAAAUCUUUUUCCUUUAUUUAUCUGUUUCUUCUCAAAAUAUGCUAGCCGAGUGUCUAUCGGAAAUAGCUUCUCUGCCCUUCCAAGGUAGGGAUAAGGCUACAUACAUUUUACCUUCCCCAUACCCCACUCGUGAGAAUUCAUGGGUUUGUUGUUGUUGUUCUCAAAAUAUUUAAGGUAUGCGUACAUAAGAUUCAAUGUGGUCUGAUUCUUCUCGGAUCCCAUGCACGUGAGCUUAGUGCACCAGGUUGCCCGUUAUCUAUUUCUUCUCAAAGAAAAAGGAGAAAGCUUGAGUGGUUAAUUGUAAAUCAUGUGAAUAAACAAGAUGAAUGACUUUUAGUCUACUUGCUUUUCAACUCUUUCUAUUUCUUGUUUAGCCACUUAUAGUGAUGGUACUUCAUUUUCUGAAAUCACAGUGUUACUUCUUUGUUCUGAAAUCAUACUGUUAGGGUGCAGCCCUUCCCCGAAUUCUGUGUGAAUACGAAAUGCUUGUGCAUCGG